GAAAGCCUGUCAGACUAUAAACUGGAGAGAUUUUUUACGGCUUGAGUGGCAGCAAAUCUUCAGUUUAUACAAGUCAGUUAUCGAAACCACUUUUCUGCUCAAUAGGAUGCAGGAUAGGAUUUAAGUGAGGGCGUAUUAAGCCUGUUUAUUAAGUAUUGGGAUAAUCUCCUCAAGCCUGAUUCUACCUACUAAAAAGGAACGGAGUUGGACAAGUGCCGGGGAGAAGUUGCCGCUGUGAGAGGCGGUGGAGGCGGGGAGGUGAGCAGCGCAGUCCGCGGCGGAUGACACGGGCAUGGAGAUGUUGCGCCGCUCGUCUGUGUUUGCUUCUGAAGUGUUUGACCGCUCACAUACCGACAAGGAGCUGGUGUCCCAGGCCAAAGCACUGUGCAGGGACUACAUUCAUUCCAGGCUGAACCGUGCCGGGAUAGGCUGGUCUAAACCUGAACAUGGACUGGCUGCAUCAGGUGGGGCACUGGGAGAGAUAUCGUCGGUUCUGCUGUGGCUGGGUGAUGAGUUGGAGUACCUUCGACCCAACGUUUACCGCAACGUAGCGCGGCAGCUCAACAUCACAGUGGCGUCGGAGAGUAUUGUGUCCGAUGCUUUCCUGGCUGUGGCGGCGGAGAUUUUCUCCACAGGUGUGACAUGGGGAAAGGUGGUUUCUUUGUAUGCCGUGGCAGGAGCCUUGGCAGUGGACUGCGUUCGCCACGGUCAUCCAGCUAUGGUCCAUACCAUUGUCGACUGCAUGGGGGAGUUUGUCCGCAAGAGCCUGACCUCCUGGUUAAAAAGGAGAGGGGGCUGGGUGGAUGUAACAAAAUGUGUGGUGAACACUGAUCCCAGCUUUCACUCUCACUGGCUGGUGUCUGCUGUCUGUGCCUUUGGACACUAUCUGAAGGCCACCGUGUUAUACCUCCUCAGGGAGAAGUGAAAGACAAAGCCACACACUGGAUUUUUGCAGACUGACCAGCACUGCACACCACCACGACCACCACCACUAAGGCAUCCGCUGCUUUGGAUUAUGUUUACACUCAUUUGCACUGAUCGUGGAUGAACCCUUCACAGACUUUCCAUUCUUCUUCUGCUUCAUAUGCUAGAUUGACUAUUUAUUGUCAAUGGUUAGGUUAUGGCACACAUUUGAUGUAAAUGUCUAAAAUAACCCCGUGUUUUUAGCUUCAUUUCUUUUUUCACAAACAGAAGAAAUACACAUUUUGCUGCCUGUUGGGCAGUGAUUUGGCUGCCCCUAGUGGUAGAAAAUGACAACUACUGUAAAUUAAAAAUAUUACUUUGGAGUCCUGAGGCCAUUCCUGAGGUCUUGGUUUUUGAAAAUAAGGCUACGUUCACACCGCAAGUCUUAAUGCCUGAUUCAGAUUUUUUGCUCAGAUCCGAUCUUUUGUUUGG